AUGCACACUUUCAGUUGUGAAGGAGAAGCAAGAUUACUUUCAAGAAACCUAUCCAACUCAGGUCGAGACAAGUGCUUACAAGCCGUAUUUAUGGAAACUCGCAGAGAAUUCAGUCCAGUAUCAAAACAAAACUCUCGAAACCAAAUCAGAAAAGCAAAGCUGAACAUGGAAAUCAGAACAAACAGCACAAAGCAACAUGGAAAAAAUGGAAUCAAGCCUUCAAUCUCGCCAUCUCGCUGGGUUGGCCAAAAAGCACAUGAAGAGUCUCGACUAGGAUAUGGUUACAACAAGAAUAAAUUCCUCGUCAUCAUUCAAGACUAUUGGCUCAGGACUGCAAAAAGGGCUCAAGGCAGAAACAAUGUGAACCACAAAGCAAGCGAUAAGGCAAUUUUUCAAGGGUUUUUUCUGUCUCUAGACUUCUUUGUCAGAGACAAUACCAACCAUUGGUCCGUCUAUCCAGAAGAUAAAGGAUACCAGAGAGAGUUUGUGAGCGGUUCUUGGUGUGGUAAGCCAAGAUCUGGUAGCUCCUCUGCCAUUUGGUGGUCAAAUCCUUUUGUGGUUGACCCCAUCGCUGCAAGUUGGCACAUUGUUUCUGCUGGAAGUUUGGCUGUUUACUGUUGGUGGUCUCGUAUACCUCCUGCUGGUGGUCAAGGUCCAAUCCGCCCGGUCAUCGAAGAACAUUUUGCAGUCCCGAGCCUGAAUCCUGUGCAAGAAUGA